AUGGAGUUGCCCUCUGUUUCUCUACUCUCUGAUAUUCGAGUGAAAAGGAAGAGUCUUUCAGUAAUACGUCCUGAAAAGAAUGUAGAGAGAUACUCACUAUUCCUGAGCAAUCUUGAUCAAAAACUAGUGGGUUACGUCAUAAAAUUUGUUCAUUUUUUUUCUGGUAAUCAGGAAAUAGCCUUUGAUUCCAUUAUCUAUCUGCAUACGGAGGCGCUCAGUAAGAUUUUGGUUUAUUAUGACUUCAUAGCCGGGAGGCUUACGUUCAAUUCAGAGGAUCGGCGGUUUGAGAUCAACUGUAAUGCUGCAGGAGUUCCUUUUGCCGUUUGCACAAGUGAUCUGACUUUGGAGCAGAUGGGAGACGUUACAUAUCCAAAUCCUGCCUUCACUCAGCUUUGUUUACUGCCCAGAUCUACCAAUCAAUUACUAGAAGAUGAGCCUCUCAUGUCUUUUCAGGCAACUCAGUUCAGAUGCGGGGGCUUCGCUUUGGGAACAGUUGUAAAUCAUGGUCUUAUGGAUGGAUUUGCACUGCGGGAGUUUGCAAAGAACCUCACCCACGUGGCUAGAAAAGGAGAUGUGGCUUUCAUCCCUGUAACUGAUCGUACCUGCUUGAAAGCGCGAUUUCCACUUUGGAUAAAGUACCAGCAUGAGGAGUUAGUGAAGCCUUCUCAACUUGGAGCUGAUUCCUCGCCCUUCAUGCAACGAAACAUGAAUCUUUUGCGCAAUAAGGUGGUUCUCCACAACCAAUCAGAGAAGCAUGUUUUUAAGCUCUUCACUUUAUCAGGGAAAACGCUUGGUCUCCUCAAACUAAAAGCUAAGGAAGGGGGAGUUUCUCAUUGUUCAAGUUUCAUUGUAGCAGUGGCACAUCUGUGGCGUGCAAGAACUGCAGCAAUGGCAAACAUCAAUGCCGACGAUAUUACAAGAGUUCACUAUGUCGUGGACAUGAGGUCAAGGAUGAGACCUCCUCUUCCGAGGGAAUAUGCAGGCAAUGCAACAAAGGCAGCCUAUGCAAAAGCAACAGCCAAAGAAUUACUAGACCAACCAUUGUCGGCGACUGUGAAAAUGCUGGAAGAAGCGGGAAAUAGAUUGAGUGAUGAGUACUUGAGGUCUGCAAUAGACUGGCUUGAGUUACAUGAUGGAGUGAUGCGUAUGGAGAAUGGGUUUGUGGUUACAUCGUGGUCUCGCAUGGAAUAUGGAGACGUGGAAUUCGGAGGGGGAGUUAAGUCAAUAUAUGCGGGGCCUGUGGUGUCUGGCAGAGUGGAUAUUGUGGUAUUUAUGGCGGAUGCAAAGGAUAAUGCCGGCAUAAAGAUACACAUUGGGUUGGAGCCCUCCCACAUGGCCAGAUUUCAAAUUCUUUUUCAAAAUGUAAACACCAAUAAAACUAUUAGGUCUAAUAUGUAA